GCGGACGCCGGGGCAGCCCUCCGGGACUCGCCGCAGUCACACAAGCUCCGUGGGUCCGUGGGCCCAUCGAGGCUCUUCCCAGAAGCUUCCCAGCCCCGCCCAGCCCAUAACCCCGCGACGCUUGGUCCGGCGCACACCGGCCCGACGGAGCCGGGUGUACGCGGUCUAGUCAAGUAGCCGCGGGCGCCCGGGAGCAGCGCGCCCCGGUUUGAGCAGCCCUCCCGCGGAAGACGUUUCCACCAUGUCACAGAAUGGAUACUUUGAGGAUUCAAACUACUACAAGAGUGACACAGAUGACACCUUCGAAGCCCGUGAUGAAAGCCUGGGGGAUGAGGUUUUUGACACCGUCAACUCCUCCAUCGUGUCUGGCGAGAGCAUCCGCUUUUUUGUCAAUGUCAACCUGGAGAUGCAGCCCUCCCAGGCUGAGAGCGAGGCGGCACUGGGUGGCUGCGUGCUCCUACACACCUCCCGCAAGUACCUGAAGUUAAAGAACUUCAAGGAAGAGAUCCGCGCGCACCGGGACCUAGAUGGCUUCCUGGCGCAGGCCAGCAUCGUCCUGAACGAGACGGCCACCUCGCUGGAUAACGUGCUGCGAACCAUGCUGCGCCACUUCGCUCAGGACCCCAACAACACCGAGCCCGACUGCAACCUGGACCUGCUCAUGGCCAUGCUCUUUACCGACGCCCCCAUGCAGGGGAAAGUUCACCUGCUGUCAGAUACCAUCCAGGGAGUCACUGCCACGGUCACAGGGGUGCGAUACCAGCAGUCGUGGCUCUGCAUCAUCUGUACCGUGAAGGCCCUGCAGAAGCGGCACGUGUGCAUCAGCCGCCUGGUUCGCCCGCAGAACUGGGGGGAAAAUUCCUGUGAGGUUCGGUUCGUCAUCCUGGUGCUGGCCCCACCCAAGAUGAAAAGCACCAAGACCGCAAUGGAGGUGGCACGCACAUUUGCCACCAUGUUCUCGGACAUCGCCUUCCGCCAGAAGCUCCUGGAGACUCGCACGGAGGAAGAAUUCAAGGAGGCCUUGGUGCAUCAGAGACAGCUGCUCACCAUGGCCAGCCAGUGUCCAGUGACGAGAAUGAAAGAGCACAGCAUGGUCUCCUUCCAUGGCCACAGACACCCACAGCCCCUGAAGUGCAAGGACUUUGUCCCUUUUGGGAAGGGCAUCCGGGAGGACAUCGCACGCAGGUUCCCUCUUUACCCACUGGACUUCACUGAUGGCAUUAUCGGGAAAAACAAGGCCUUGGGCAAGCACAUCACCACCACCCUGUUCCUCUACUUCGCCUGCCUCCUGCCCACCAUUGCUUUUGGGUCUCUCAAUGAUGAGAACACAGAUGGGGCCAUCGAUGUGCAGAAGACCAUCGCUGGGCAGAGCAUUGGAGGCCUCCUGUACGCGCUUUUCUCCGGGCAGCCGCUGGUGAUCCUGCUGACAACCGCGCCCCUGGCCCUCUACAUCCAGGUGAUUCGAGUCAUCUGUGAUGACUACGGCCUGGACUUCAACUCCUUCUACGCGUGGACCGGCCUGUGGAACAGUUUCUUCCUCGCACUUUAUGCCUUCUUCAACCUCAGCCUGCUCAUGAGUCUCUUCAAGAGGUCCACGGAGGAGAUCAUCGCCCUCUUCAUUUCCAUCACGUUUGUGCUAGAUGCUGUCAAGGGCAUGGCUAAAAUUUUCUGGAAGUACUACUAUGGGCAUCGUGUAGACGACUACCACACAAAGAGGGCUUCAUCCCUGGCGAGCCUGGAGGGCCUCAGCACCAGCCUCAACGCCAGCCUCCACACCGCCCUCAACACCAGCCUCAACGCCAGCCCUACAGAGCUGGGCACGGCGGGCAGCCUAGGAGCUGUGCACUCGGGCCGGGCAACCGCUGUGCUCAGCCUCCUCAUCAUGCUGGGCACGCUCUGGCUGGGCUACACCCUCUACCAAUUCAAGAAGAGCCCCUACCUGCACCCCCGAGUCCGAGAGGUCCUGUCCGACUGCGCCCUGCCCAUCUCAGUGCUCGCCUUCUCCCUCAUCAGCUCCUAUGGCUUCCGGGAAAUUGAGAGUGAGUUGCGACUGGGGGAGGGUGGCGUGGGGCUGCUUUCUGGGUGCUGCAGGUGCAGCAGGGGCCUGUCCUCUGCUGCAGUGAGCAAGUUCCGCUACAACCCCAGCGAGAGCCUGUUUGAGAUGGCACAGAUCCACUCGCUGUCCCUGCCGGCCAUCAGCAGCACCAUGGGCCUUGGUUUCCUGCUCUCCAUGCUCUUCUUCAUCGAGCAGAACCUGGUGGCCGCCUUGGUUAACGCCCCAGAGAACAGGCUGGUGAAGGGCACUGCCUACCAUUGGGACCUUCUGCUCCUGGCCAUCAUCAACACGGGGCUGUCCCUGUUUGGGCUGCCCUGGAUCCAUGCUGCCUACCCCCACUCCCCGUUGCACGUGCGGGCGCUGGCUUUAGUGGAGGAGCGCGUGGAGAACGGGCACAUUUAUGAGACGAUCGUGAACGUGAAGGAGACGCGGCUGACCUCGCUGGGCGCCAGCAUCCUGGUGGGCCUUUCCCUGCUGCUGCUGCCCACCCCGCUGCAGUGGAUCCCCAAGCCUGUGCUCUACGGCCUCUUCCUCUACAUCGCGCUCACCUCCCUGGAUGACAACCAGCUGUUCCAGCGUGUGGCCCUGCUGCUCAAGGAGCAGACUGCGUACCCCCCGACGCACUACAUCCGGAGGGUGCCCCAGAGGAAGAUCCACUACUUCACAGGCCUGCAGGUCCUGCAGCUGCUGCUGCUCUGCGCUUUCGGCAUGAGCUCCCUGCCCUACAUGAAGAUGAUCUUCCCCCUCAUCAUGAUUGCCAUGAUCCCCAUCCGCUACCUCCUGCUGCCCAGAAUCAUUGAAGCCAAAUACUUGGACGUCAUGGAUGCUGAGCACGGGCCAUGAUGGCAGGUGUGGGCACACCCCGUCCGCCUGCCCCCCGCCCCAUGCUCCAGGCUGGCUCUGGGGCUGCCUGGGGAGGUGGGUUCUGGGUGGUUGCUGUGCUGUACCCUCGCCCAGCUGACUCAGGCCUAGCCGUCUGGGCCUUGUGGGGGUCCAGUGGUGUGUGCCCACCCCUCUCACUAUUUUCCUUUAGCUUUGGGCCAUGAACGUUGCUCAGGGCAGCUACUGCCCAGGGUCAGACUAAGCAGGAUGGAUUUUCUUUUGAUAAAAGAGUCAAUGCCUGAAAGAGAAACCAUUUCCUUGAUUGUGUAAGGAACUCACUGUGUGCACAUUAGAGAAUAAAGCUCUUGUUUCUAUGC